AUGGAGUUACGCGAAGUGAAUCGCACUUUUGAUACUGCGGAAGAAACUACGGAACUUUUAUCGCCAUCCCAUCGCGAUAACAUCGAAAUUGAAAGUUAUUUCAUCGAAUACGCUAUUCAAAAAGAAAUGAUAAAUCGCAAUCGAUGUCCCGCUAGCCGUCGUUUACUUAGUCAAACGGCUCAUUUGGCAGAUUUUACUUUUACUAAUGGCAAUAAUCAAAAGGAUACGUCGUCCGUCGGUAUCAGUAUGAUUCAUACUUCGAACGCGAAUUGGCCUCCUUCUAGAAAGAGGGAAGAGGCAAGAGCGUUGGAAAAUCUCCGAAAAAGAGUGGAGCAAUCGAAAUUAUAUAAAGCAAAUCGAAUUUCAGAUACCUGCGGAUCGACUUCUACAUCUUCGGUUUUGAAUAAUGAUCAAAUUCAUCAGCUUGACAAUCGACCGAAGCUGUUAAAAAAGAUCCUGAGUAACAGGCCGAUGAGUAUCGCACAUGAUAGUAACGAUUUGGAGACUGACUGGCGAGAUAGCGAAUUUAUAACGGAAUGUUUAUGCUGGCACAAUGUUUAUCGACAAAGACACAAUGCUCCACCCUUAACCAUGUCGCCGCAGUUGUGUGAGUAUGCACAAACAUGGGCGAAUCAUUUAGCACACACCAACACAUUUUACUAUAGAAACGAUCGAGAAGUUGGACAAAAUCUUUAUUGUCGACCUGGUGGUGCUGUCCCUACUGAUGUAACUGGUCAAGAUGUUGCAUCGUAUUGGUAUUCAGCGGUGAAACAAUAUGACUUUUUGAAAGAACCGGAUAUUCUUCAUGCUAAUGUAAACGCAGGUCAUUUUACGCAAGUAAUUUGGGCAAGCAGUCGUUAUUUUGGGGUUGGAAAAGCACGUAGUAGAAGCGGAAAAAUCAUCGUAGUAGCCAAUUAUCAACCUGUUGGUAAUAUAUCCGGACAAUUUCAAACUAACGUGUUACCCCCUUUACCCGAAAAUGUAAAUAUCACUUUAUCAUCUCAGCGACAACCAUCCAUAAAAGUCUUUCGUGACCAUUACAUUGCAUCUGAUUCGCCACCACUAGCAUCAUCCUCUGUACCGCUUUCGGAUACAGCAUCAACGGACAGUGAUCAUUCUUCCGUUAGUUCUACGCAAUAAUAUAGACGACCGAACUGCCUUUUCUGCGUUUGCACGCGCGGAUGGGAUGGGCAUUAAUCAGAUUUGAUUUCUCUCAUCUUUUUGUUAUUUUAUCUAACUUGACUAAAAUUUAAGAAAGAGAAAUACAUAAUACACACGCAAUGACAAACCAAAAAGAUUGAAAUAUGCUUACAAUAUAUACAUAUAUAUGUAUUAUACACAUAUAAAUGUAUACAUAUAAAUAUAUAUUGUAUUGUAAGCAUAUUUCAAUCUUUAUGGAUAUAUAUGGAUCUAUAUGGAUAUAUAUAUAUAUCCAUGGAAAAUGUUUGUAAACGUAAAUUAGUCAAUAAUUAUAUUCGAUUAUUUAUUUUUAUUAUAUUUAUUUAUUUAUUUGUUUGUCUAUUUCCGCAAGCAAGAAAAGAAGGUAGAAAUAAUAAGAAAAAACAGAAUAAAUUUUCAUUUUAAAACUAGCGUGCAAAUCUCGUAGAACAGGCAUGUGCGAGUACUUUUACAUAAUUAUGUGAUUCGCAUAAAAUUUGAUGAUCUGAAAGAACUUGAUAUUUCAUAAAUAGGAAUAGUGAAGAGCAAAAGAUCGAUAUACUGUGUAUUAUACUCCUAUAUAUACAUAUAUACAUAUAUGAGCAGUAUACAGAAUUUGACAUUUUUUGUACAUUGUACGUACCACAACCGAUUUCUUGUCAAGUAAAACAUAUUGAUUGAAUAUGUUAUAAGUAUUAUCUAUUUUUACUAUAUUAAAGGAAAAAUAAUAUAUUAUUCGCUUGCUGCGAUUCGUUUUUGGCUUAUACAAAUUACAAUAAGUAAACAGACAAGAUAUUGAAAACUGUAGAUUACGGGUUGGAUAGAGUACAAAUUAAAUACAAGAUCCUAAAUCCGUGUAUUAUUAUCUACAUGCUCAUACAUACUGCUCAUUAAAUGUGUACGUUCAAUUCGAGAAUAUUUUCUCUUCGUGACAAUAGUAUAUGAAUAUUGUAUAUAACGCGUUAAAAAAUGAAAAUGUUUAAAAAAUUUGCAAACUCGUAAUAUUUGAUGAGAGCAGGGUAAAAAAAACUUGUUUGCAACAAUUUAAUGUGUAAACAAUAGUUUUGUUUUUCGAUAAUGUUUAAUUAUUUAUGUAUUUAUUUAUUUAUAACGUGUCCACCUACACACGACAUAACUAAAGAUAGCAAAAGAAUUAUUCAAUUCUCGUAUAAUUUUUUAUGAUUUUUUUUUCACUGAAUGUUUAAAUGGACACCAAAAUAAAAAUGUACAACUUCAUUUAAAAUGAUUAAUUUGUGGACUCUUUUUCUUUUGGGACAAGUUUGUAUAUUCUUCGAUUAUUUCCCUUUUUUAACAUGAUAACAUACGCUUAUUUAUAUAAAUGAUAGCUUUAUUCUGUAAAUCAGAUCUGUUCAACGGCGGAACCUUUGAGGCUGUGUAAUUCUUCACCACUUCUAGUGAAAUCGAGGAUCUUUGAGAAAAAUAUUGUUAUUAAUGAUAGAUGCCUUAUACGUACAAGUGUUCCUCUACACUGAAACACGAUCUAGAAUUCCAUAGCUUAUCGGCACACGCGAUGGAAAGGUCUGAUAUAUGUAAAUUCUUCACAAUUAUAUUGUAUGUGCGUUGACGAAAUUUUUAUUUUAAGAAUCUAUCGUCCGCACUUAAAACAUCAACGUUUACCAUAAAUUCAAUGAGUUUCUUAGAGUUAGUUUGGAACUGAAAAUUAUUUAUAUAUAAGGCUUUUUCUUAUAAAUAUUAGAUGAUAUCUUUUUGUAAAAUUAACCCUUCGUUAGCAAACUGAGUCGUUAUACCUCCUCCAAAUUUUUAUUUUUAUUGAUAAAUUUUUCAAAUGUUUAGCUUGACGAACACAAUUUGUAUAGCGUAAUAAAAACAUUGAUAAGUAAUUGUGAAAUUUAAAAAAUUUUUUUGAAAGAAUAGAUUGGUUAGGAAAUUUAACUUGAAUACGAACGAUCUAGUUAAACGGUCCUACAGAUUGUAAAAAGAGAUGUUUAUCUACGAAGGGUUAAUAUAUAUUCAAUAUCUAACAAUCAGUAUACCUAAUAGAAGGAGAAACAUGCCUAAUUGCUUGAUUCUUAUGUAUACAUAAACAUACAUAUCUUCCGGGUCUCGAAAGUAUACUGAAUACUUGUUUCAUGAUUUGCGAACAAACGGAUACAUCACGAUCUAUACGUGAAUAUAUAUCUGCUACGAUAUACGGAGAUUUUAUUUGAUUUUAUCUCUAUGCAAACAAAAAUUAACAGUAAUCGUUAAAACUCUUUCUUUAAUUUUCUAGAUGUUACGAUUUAUUUGAUAUUUUUAUUUUUGCUUGAGCGAAAGUAGUUAUCAUCAAAUAAAAUCAUAGUGUUCAAGAAAAUUAAAUAUACCAACAAGAUUACUGUUUUUUUUUUUGUUCUUAGAUACGUAGUAAAUAAUAUCGUAAAUUUGUCAUUUGUAAUUGAAAAAGUUGAGGUGAAAAAAGCAAUAUUAUGAAUCGAAAAUAGCUUUUAAUUGCCUAUGAUCGAGUGACUCAAUGAGUAUAUUGACAACGAGUACCAAGUUGAUAAAAAUAUAAAGAAAAUGUCAUUAGGACGUUCUUAUUAUUAGCUUCUUUCAAUCGACGUACUUCCAACAAUACUGCCAGUAGUCAAAUUUUGGUAAGCGAAUAUUCAGCUAUUGAUCAAAGAUUGUAUGAAAUCGUUUCAAUUAUGUUAAAUUUCCAUAUAUGAUUACAAAGACUUAGAAUUAUAAAAUCUAAGGAACAAAAGUUAAUGUACUACGUUUGUAUUUAUCAAUGUAAAUCCGAAUUUUAGAAAUCUGGUAUUUUAGUAACAAAUAACAUCGAUACACGGUAAACGUUGUCAAAGAAAACUUUUGUCGAGUACCACGAAGCUUUAGUUAUGGGUAGCACGAGAAAACCUACGAACUUAUACGCCUGCAAUGAUAGUAAUAUCGUACAGCUUUAAUAUUCUGCUAUUUUUCGUAUUUAUAAAGUUUUAAUACGACGACAUCCUUGUACAUUGCCUGUAAAGCGCGAGCAAUAUUUUGUUAUGCGUUCGUGAUUUGUUGUUUAUCCUUCUAGUUCAUAAAUAUAAUAAUUACUGUUAAACAUAGCGUAUAAAUAAAUGAUCGUCUAAUUGAAGAAAAGAGAUCUAAAUUAAUCGUUUA